AUGGAUCAACCCUCAGCAUCACUGGACCAACAAGUGCCUUCCCGCUGCGCAUCAUGCCCUCUAACCUCAGUAAGUGAUUGGUCGCCUGUGGCGCAAGUGUCUGCGCGGAUACUUCUGUUUGUUUUAACGCAUGUGCUGUUUCCUCCGCACGCAGAUGCGCUCUCGCUCUCUGCGGUGAUGCUGGCAGCACUGCUCCUGUGCGCUCGCGGAGCCUCGAUCGGACACGCGCCCGCCGACAGUCCGGUGGAUGACGCUUCAGGUGACACGCUGGAGGAGCCCACGGAGGCGCCCACGGAGGAGCAUAAUAACGUGUUUGCACCGGCAGUUUCUUCAGCUGAACAAUGCGUGAAAAAUUUUGCAGCUGAAUUCCACCUAGUAGAGCCCUUCGUGGAACUGAAUAAUUAUAAAUCAUCGCAGCUUCCAACAGACUGUCCUUCGUCCUUCAGCAAGGAGGCUUGUCUGAAGAGUGUGGUGGAGGGCCUGCAGACCUACAUAGUCCUGCUCAAGUUUGUGGAAAGCCAGUACGCCAACAACGUGACCGUGUCCCACACCAAGCGCCACACGGAGAACCUGAAAUGCAACCUGGUUCAGAUGAUGAAGAACCCUCAACGGGUCACAGUGCUGAGCAGCAGCCAAGAAGAGCAGCUGCUGAAUGGCACCCAGUCCUACAAAGACCUGUUCAGCAGAAAGAUGGCAGCAAACUGGAUCUUGAAGGAGCUCCACGAAUACCUGAAAUGUAGCAAGAGAAAUAUCAUCAAUAGGAACGCGAGACCGGCCAAACGACCACAGCACCACUCCAUCUGUACUACCAACAAAUCAACAUAAGAAUUAUCGAACACGCAGGAAUGUGGUCGUAGUGUUUCCAUAAUGUGCUGUUUGCACAUUUAUUACUGUAAGUCUGAUGGCUGAGUUCACCCAUUAUUUAAGUUAUUUAAUAUAUUUAUACUUGAAGUGUAAUUUAUUGGUUGACGGCAAAUCCUGGACUGACUUGCACUGAAAAAACACACUGAUAUUGAUUAAUUAUUU